AUGAGGAAGCGGCAAGUAGUAUUCCUGAGAAGACAAGAACCUUCCGGAAAUUCCACAACUUCAUCUGCCACCGCCCAGACCGUGAGAUAUGGGGAGUGCCAAAAGAAUCAUGCAGCUAGCAUCGGAGGUUAUGCUGUUGAUGGCUGCAGGGAGUUCAUGGCUAGUGGGGAGGAAGGGACAGGCGCUGCGUUUACUUGUGCUGCCUGCGGCUGCCACAGGAACUUCCACAGAAGGGAAGUGGAUCAGUCGACGUCGACUGAGGUAGGGUUCGAGCGUGGUUCACCAUCUUCAAACGGGAGAUAG